AUUUCGGCGGCUCAAUCUUGUUUUUUUAUGACAAAAAAUUAAUCAAUCGUGUUGAACCUUUGUUUCGGACCAUAACAUGAUUUGACUGAUUGUAUCAUACGGUGAAAAUAAUCCAGAGCUUAUAUCUUCCUAUGGAUUUCACUCUCACAUACGCACAUGAUUCUGUCGUGUCGAUGAUUGAUUUCCUGAGGGGGUUGGGGGGCCCAUCGUCAUAUGCGACGUGGGCCUAUAAGCUAUAGUUGAUCUCUGACGUUUCAGAUCGAGCACGUCGCCAUUACACUAAGUGGAGGAGAAAGCUUUCUGAAAAUUUCUAUGUCGAAAUGGAGAAGAAGACAUCUUGGGUCUGUACGGUUGUUACACAGGUUUCUCUCUGCUUUGCUCUCUACAUAGCUCUAAACUUGGGACGUCCUCCGAAGUUCAUAUAUGGACGCACCUCUCUUGAUUUGUACUUCAUCAGUGUGAAAGGAGGCUUCAGACCGCUUCAACAACAAUUAGAUCUACUGAAACAGAUGGAGAAGGUGGCAAAGACUUACAGAGCAAGUUUUCUCGUGAGCAGCAGUGAGCUUGGGGAAGAUGAUCCACUCUUUCAGAAUGCUACUCGGCAGCUUCCAUCACUGAAGCUUCCCUGGUACAUCUCGUGCUCCACAAGAACUUCAAAAGGACCAGUAGCAGGGUGCUUUGAAGAGAAGUUCAAAAUAUCUAAUGGGAAGACACUAGAUAUUAUCGGUGUGGAUACUGAAUUGCUGCAAGAAUUUGCAUUGAGGGGAUCACUAAGUGGUGACAGGAAGAAUCAGUUGCAUUGGAUGAUUAGGACGCUAGAAAGAAACGGUAGUAACUGGCGCAUAGUUGUUGGGUACCAGCCACUGGUGGUUUGUGGAGAGAAUAAUGAGCAGAUGGAGAGACAAGAGGUUUUCAACCAUCUGCGUAGAAUAUUUCAGAAACUUGAAGUAAACGUGUACUUGAGUGGCCAAGAUUGCACUAGCCAUACCCAAGAAAGCAGUGUAGCUUACAUUGGGAACCCUGGCCUGAAUCAGAAAGAAGAACCCUAUUCAUUUUUUGUCGAUGGAAGCUCUUUACAUAGUCGAGAAUUGGCUGAUGGGUUCCUUCUUCACAGAGUCAGCCCAAUGCAAAUUGUAACCUACUAUAUCACUUCAUCAGGUGAAGUUGCAUAUAAAACUGUACUGCAACAGAAGGGAAGAGAAAUCAUGUAAAUAUACCCAGUUCGUGAUCCAUUGCGAUUUGUACUCUUUCAAGCCUAGAUUGCCUUGAAGCCCUAAUUUUCUAUUCCAUUUUCAUUAUCAUAUUUCCCAUUUUGCUUCUCAAACUGCAAGAAAGCUUUCCACUUUGAAGUUCAUUCUUUAUAUGCGUUCAAGGGCUGUCGCGAGGAAUAAUUAGGUGGUUGAUUAUUCAGCUUGAAGUAGUUCUGAUGAGUUUUUUAGCGUUGCAGAACUUUACAACGUUUAGUUUGAGAUUCUUGGCCAAGAAAUGUUAAAGAAGUGCUCGAGAUUCAUUUGCA